UUGGGGCGGAAGUGCCCGAGAGUAGAGGAGAAUGGCGGCGGAGGCCUGGUGUUGGCGACGGGGCUGGGGCCAGCGGUGCCCAGGGAGGCCUGGGCUUCCUGGCCCCGGCCCAGGCCCCGCUGUAUGUCUACGUCUUCUUCUGUUGCUGGGCCUGGCGGCUGCGGAUAUAACUGACGGCAACAGUGAGCACCUGAAGCGGGAGCAUUCGCUCAUCAAGCCCUACCAAGGGGUCGGCUCCAGCUCCAUGCCACUCUGGGACUUUCAAGGCAGUACUAUGCUCACGAGCCAGUACGUGCGCCUGACCCCCGACGAACGCAGCAAAGAGGGCUCUAUUUGGAACCACCAGCCUUGCUUCCUGAAGGACUGGGAAAUGCACGUCCACUUCAGAGUCCAUGGCACAGGGAAGAAGAAUCUCCAUGGAGAUGGCAUCGCCUUGUGGUACACCCGGGACCGCCUUGUGCCAGGGCCCGUGUUUGGAAGCAAAGACAACUUCCAUGGUUUAGCCAUCUUCCUGGACACAUACCCCAAUGAUGAGAGCACUGAGCGUGUGUUCCCGUACAUCUCGGUGAUGGUGAACAAUGGCUCCCUGUCCUACGACCAUAGCAAGGAUGGGCGCUGGACUGAGCUGGCAGGCUGCACCGCUGACUUCCGCAACCGGGACCACGAUACCUUCCUGGCUGUGCGCUACUCUCGGGGCCGUCUGACGGUGAUGACUGACUUGGAGGACAAGAAUGAGUGGAAGAACUGCAUUGACAUCACAGGCGUGCGCCUGCCUACUGGCUACUACUUCGGAGCCUCAGCUGGCACCGGCGACCUGUCUGACAAUCAUGACAUCAUCUCCAUCAAGCUGUUCCAGCUCAUGGUAGAGCAUACACCUGAGGAGGAAAACAUUGACUGGACCAAGAUUGAGCCUGGUGUCAACUUCCUCAAGUCACCCAAAGACAAUGUGGACGACCCCACUGGGAACUUCCGCAGCGGGCCCCUGACGGGAUGGCGGGUGUUCCUGCUGCUGCUGUGUGCUCUUCUGGGCAUCAUCGUCUGUGCUGUGGUGGGAGCCGUGGUGUUUCAGAAGCGCCAAGAGCGGAAUAAACGUUUCUACUGAGCGGCCAGUUUGGCUGGGAAGGGCCUGAGCUUGGGCCACGACGUUUAUGUGAACUUUUUUUUUUACUGGGAUUGUAAAAGAAAAACAAGAUGACCUUAUUUCUUAACCGUUUCCAAGAAAUGAUUAAAGUAUUUUCAUACAUUUUGCUUCUUGCCCAGCUGGGACAGCCGGGCUGGGGGCUAGCAUUCAGCAUUCUCAAAGCUGAAGAUCUCGGCCUGCCCAGGGUAUAUGUGGGGGGUGGGGGGUAUGUGUACCCAGGGCCCAGCUAGGCCCUACAGGUGGCUGUCAAACACUGGAUGGUCUCCUAGAUCACAUAGGGUGGCUCCUUAGGACCCAUGCGGUGGUUUUGUUCUGAGGUGUGUGGUAGCAACUAGUGUUGGGGAACCUGGGUCUUUGUAGUGUCCAAGGCAAGCCUCAACUCAGGCUGGGGGAGCAAUUUUAGUGAGGCUCAAGAGUGUGACCAUGUACUCAAUAAAGUCAGAUAACCUGCCUCA